GUUGUUGUUGUUUUUUGUCCAUUUUUGGUGAAUUUGGAUAACCGAAUUUUUUUUUGUUCUUCAAAUAAAUAGAUAGAAAACGACAAUAAAUACAAUGAGUGCAUUUUAUAACUGAGAAAUACAACACAUUGGCAUUUUUCGGUAUUAUAAUAAUAACAACAACAACAACACUAUUUUAACCAAAAGGGCUAAACAACAACAACAACGAUAACAAGAAUAUACAAAAAAAAAGAGAAAGAAAAACAAUAUAUAUAUAAAUUGACCGCCAAUUUUUGUUUAUUCCAUGAUAACGGAAAUGGAAAUGAGCCUUAAUCAUAGUGGUGAUGCCAUUUUCAAUCUAUUCUCAUUAUUGGUGGUUACCGACACGACAACAACAACAACAACAGCAGCAGCAACUAAUGAACCAAACAACAACAAUGAUACAACAACAAUCAACAACAUUAUCGAUAAUCAAACACGUUUUAUUCGUACAUUUUCAUAUUUCACCGAUAAUGUUGAUAAACAAAGAACAUUGAAAAAUUAUUCAUCCAAUGAUUGUUUUCAUUCAUCAUCAUCAUCAUUAUCAUCAUCAUCAUCGUCAUUAUAUUCAACGACAACGUCAAAUCAAUUGGAGAGCUUUAAUGAUAAUCAUCAUCAAUAUAUUGAAGAGCUAUUAAAAGAAAAAUUCAAUAAUGCUACAGUUAUUAUUUCGGUCAUUAUAUUGGUUUUAAUCAAUAUAAUGGUCAUUUUUGGCAAUAUUCUUGUCAUUUUAAGUGUUUUUGCAUCAAGCAAACUACGUACGGUGACAAAUUUUUUUAUCGUUUCAUUGGCAGUUGCCGAUUUUUUAGUCGGUAUUGCCGUACUACCAUAUUCGCUCACAUUUGAGAUUUUAGACACGUGGAUAUUUGGUGAAGUCUGGUGCCAAGGAUGGCUUGUGAUUGAUGUUUGGAUGUGUACAGCAAGCAUAUUAAAUCUAUGUGCAAUAUCGGUCGAUAGAUAUUUGGCCGUCACUAGACCUGUCCGAUAUCGUAGCUUAAUGACUGCCAAAAGAGCAAAAUUUAUUAUUGCUGGUGUUUGGAUUAUAUCUUUUAUUAUUUGUUUUCCUCCUCUUUUACUUGGUAAACAAGAAUCUUUUUCCACAAUACCAAACAUCAAUCCAACCACAUCAUCAUCGUCGUCAUCAUCAUCAUCAUCAUCAUUAUCCGAUCAUUAUGAUCCUUUAACAUAUCAAUUUUCAUCAUCAUCAAUUCCGGCCGAUUUUACACCACCUUCUUCUUUAUCUUCUUCUUCAUCUAAAUCUUUUUCUUCUAAAUCGUCUUCAUUGUCGUGGUCUUCAACAAGUGACAGUAAUAAUAAAAUGAAUGAAGAGUCUUCCAUAAUGGCCAACAACAAUAAAAACAACCAAAAUAUUCGAUCUCAAACAAUGUCCAUCGAUACAAAAGACAUUCUCUCAACGAAUAAUAAUAAUCAAAGUCCAUUGUCAAUAAAAAUGAAUAAAGGAAAAAAAUUUGAUUCAGAUUUCAAAGCGCGUUGUAAACCACAGCCCGUCCAAUGUGCUUUGUUUCGUAACAAAAGCUAUGUGAUAUAUUCGGCAUUUGGAUCAUUUUUCAUUCCAAUGUUCGUGAUGAUUUUUCUUUAUUGGAAAAUAUAUUUAGUCGCUAUUCGUACUAGUCGUGCCUUGAAAAAAGGUUAUCGUAUUACAAAAGCAUCAUGUGAAGAGAAUCAAGAACGAUUAACAUUGCGUAUUCAUCGUGGAUAUUGUAGUGGUGGUGAAAGUUUGCCAAUAGAAAAACGAUCAUCGAUCGAUCAUGAUCAGCCAAAUAAUAAUAAUAACCGAAAAGAAUUAUCUAAAGGCUCAAGUGAUCAUCAACAACAUUCUCAACGGACAUCAUGGACCACAUAUAAUCGUACAUCAAAUACGAUUGAGACAGCAUUAACGGCCGAUAAUCCAACUGUGAUAUCUAGUAGUACGAACAAAUUAUUAUCACCACCAAAUAGAAUGAUUAUAAGAAAUGGUAGUAAUCGAAAUCAUCAUCGCCAUUCAUCGGGCCAUUCACAUCCAAGUUUUUCCAGUAGUCCUUCAUCAUCACGUGAAGGUAGUGCCCGUAGUAAUAAAGUCAAUAUUCCAUCAAGACCAACCAGUAAACGUGCAUCCAAAUAUCAGGCUAAACGUUUCCAUGCUGAGACAAAGGCUGCCAAAACUGUUGGCAUCAUUGUAGGAGGUUUUAUAGUUUGUUGGCUACCAUUUUUCAUUGUUUAUUUAACCAGAGCUUUCUGUGUAGAUUGUAUACCGAAUUUAUUAUUUAGCAUCUUUUUCUGGUUAGGUUAUUGUAAUUCAAUGAUUAAUCCAUGCAUAUAUGGUCUGUUUAGCCGUGAUUUUCGACGUGCUUUCAAAAACAUCAUUUGCAGAUGUCGAUUCCGGGAGGAAACUUCUGUCAGUUCACUUAUUCGACAAAUUCAUAUGCCGACAUUUUUUGAAGAUAUGCCCGAAGAGAUGGCUAAACAUGAAUCACAAGACUAUUGAGAGUGAGAGAGAGAGAGAAAAAAACACCAUCAUCAUCAUCAUCAUAUUAUUAUUAUUCAAGAGAAUUUUCUUCUUUGAAAAAAACAGAUAAAAAAAAGUGUGGCAAAAGAAAAAUGAAAGUUAAUUUUGUACAAACCAUUUUGCUCCUCAUCGGUCAACAACAACGACAACAACAAACAAGCAAGCAAAAAAAAAACUCGAUGAUAACAAACAACCGAAAAAAAAAUGUAUUGGCAAUAAAUUAUCAUCAUUGAAGAAUUUUGGAUUUGGAAACAAAAACACAAAUGACCAAUGUUGAUUCUUGAUGAAAUUAAUCGAUGAUUGUAAUUCAAACAAACAACGAUAAUAAUGUUGAUGAUGAUGAUGAUGUAAGAAAAAAAAAUGGAAAAU